ACCCGAAAUGCUUCACACAUACUCGCAAUCGCAACUGAAAAAAGGAUUGAUUGCUCUAUCAGCUGUGAGCUGUGCUGGUUUAGGAGGAGGAUUGAUAUAGAAGCUGUUCGGCUUCGAUGGCAGAUAUCAAAGAGGAAGUGAGGCAGCAGCAGUGCCAGCAGCUAAUUGAAGAAGAUAUGGAAGCUCGGAAACCGGAGGGACAUUUGCACGAAGAAGAGGAGGAGGAGCGGGAAAAGAAGGAAAUUCAGCAGCAGAAAAGUUCCAAAACGAAGCGUGUAGCUUCGCUGGACAUCUUCAGAGGCUUAACCGUCGCGUUAAUGAUACUGGUAGAUGAUGCUGGUGGAGAAUGGCCCGUAAUCGGCCAUGCCCCUUGGAAUGGUUGCAACCUUGCAGAUUUUGUAAUGCCAUUCUUUCUGUUUAUUGUGGGAAUGGCCAUUGCCCUUGCAUUCAAGAGAAUUCGGGAUAGGGCAACGGCAAUCAAUAAAGUGGUUAUAAGAACACUAAAGCUUCUCUUCUGGGGUCUUCUUUUACAGGGUGGCUUUUCACAUGCCCCUGAUGAAUUAUCGUAUGGUGUUGACAUGAAAAAGAUAAGGUGGUGUGGAAUCCUUCAGAGAAUAGCUCUUGCUUAUUUAGUUGUCGCAUUGGUAGAAAUCAUGACCAAAAAUUACCUGACAAAGGAUCUACUGCCAGGAAAAUUCUCUAUAUUCAAGCAAUACUUCUGGCAUUGGAUUGUAGGAACAUGUGUUUUGAUUGUUUAUUUGGCCACACUAUAUGGGGCAUAUGUUCCAGAUUGGCAAUUCAGAGUGCAAGAUAAAGACAGCGCUGAUUUCGGAAAAGUUCUAACGAUAUCUUGCAAUGUGAGAGGAAAGUUGGAUCCUCCUUGCAAUGCAGUGGGAUAUGUCGACAGAACAGUGCUUGGACUUAAUCACAUGUACCAACACCCGGCUUGGAAAAGAUCCAAAGCUUGCACGAACAGCUCCCCUCACGAGGGACCUUUCCGGAAUGAUGCUCCAUCGUGGUGUCGAGCACCUUUUGAACCUGAAGGAAUAUUGAGCUCUGUUUCAGCUAUCCUCUCCGCGAUAAUCGGAAUACACUUUGGACAUGUUCUUGUCCACAUGAAGGACAAUCGGUCGAGACUUCAGCAUUGGAGUAUCAUGGGGCUCGUCCUUUUGAUUCUCGGCAUUACUCUUCAUUUCACAAACGCCGUUCCAUUGAAUAAGCAACUCUACACACUCAGCUACGUGUGCGUAACAUCCGGAGCUGCAGCAUUAGUGUUCUCAGCUUUCUAUAUAAUGGUCGAUAUAUGGAGUUUCCGGAGCCUGUUUCUGCCACUGGAAUGGAUUGGCAUGAAUGCUAUGCUGGUUUAUGUGAUGGCCGCCGAAGGCAUCUUUGCAGGUUUCAUCAACGGCUGGUAUUACAAAGAUCCUCACAACACUCUGAUAAAUUGGAUUAAGAAGCACAUUUUUGUCGAGGUUUGGCAUUCGGAAAGAGUUGGAAUCCUACUUUACGUUAUCUUCGCUGAAAUAUUAUUCUGGGGAAUCGUCACCGGAGCGAUGCACAGAAAGUCUAUAUACUGGAAGCUUUAACAUUGUUGCUGCAGAUGUGGUAAGUGUUUUAAUGAUUUAAUGUUGUUGUUGUUGCUGCUGCUAACUGAAUCCAUAUUUAGGUUAUGUCUGUUUUCAUAAGAGUAGUGUUUUGAAAUAUGUUGUUCUUUGUAGUACGUCGAUACUUUGAAUUGAAUGAAUAAUCCCAAUAAAAUUCAAUUGAAUUCAAGUAA